GAUCUUCUCCCAACCACUGAGGACAGAUUUAAUCUGCAACGACGUUUGUAUAACAGCAGCGCCCUCUGGAGGAACGAACAAUGUGCCAACAACUUACAGCAACCCGCUUCCAUCAUUUUGCGGAACACCAAGUUCCACCACUGGCCCUAUGAUUCCUGUUACCAACUUCGUUAAUCCUCAGUUAAUCCAAGCCUCUACGUCCCCCAACAAUAAAGGACUGCCAUUCUCCUCAACUAUUUCCUCAACUCGUUUUUAUAUCCGGAAAUCGUGCAACCACCGGUGCUUGUGUAACAUGGCGACGAUUGUCCUCAUACUGGUGGCUAUUGUUAUCACUACUAUUAUGGCGUAUUUUGCUGCCACGAGCACUCUGGUUGUAAAUCAGGAGACUAAUAAGCCUUGUAUCGUGUUUGAUGAUGGAGGGAUGUCUCAAAAUACUAUGAACAUCAUUACUUCAGAUUCAAAAGUUAGUAAUGGGAAUUACCAAUCAUCUUGUUUCGCUAUUCCAAGCGAAACGGUCCAUUACUCCCAAAUUGUCCUAGAUUCAUCGUUCUCAAAGCGACUGGGAGCACGACAUUCAUGGACAGUGUGGUUCAACCAGACAAAAGCUGCGUGGGUUCGCUUUAACUUGACCACUCCACGAAGUGUACGUCUUGCUAUAUUAGCCAGGAGAAACUGGCAGCCUUCUUUAACAAAGUACGACAUAUAUGAGAUUGUGAGUCCAGAACAAUCUCGUACUUACAAACGUGCUGCAGUG